AUGGCCACCAAACCAAAAUACCCCUUUGUGGUGGCGGUCACAGAUACGCUCCCGCAGGAUGCACAAGAGACGUUGAAAAGAUUUGGAAUCGAGCUUGUGACUGUAGACCUGCUGAUCCUUCCGGCCUCUCGCUUUGAUCCAUCCAAGACCGAGGCUCGAUUUACCGACAUCUGGACCAAAGUCAGAGUAUUUGCGCUCGAACAAUUCGAGAAAGUCGUCUUCCUCGAUUCGGACAUGAUCGUGCGAAGGAACAUGGACGAGAUAUUCGAUCUGCCCAUUACCUCAAAUCAAGUCGCGGCUGUUCAUGCAUGUGCGUGCAACCCUCGCAAAAUUCCACACUAUCCAAAGGACUGGGUACCUGAAAACUGUGGAUACUCUCAAGCCAACUAUCCAGACUGCCUCAGCACCCAGCCACUCCAACCAAACACCCCUGUCCCUCGACCAUACCAUCUCCUCAACUCAGGAAUGUUCUUAUGCCGUCCCUCGGUCGAGUUAUUCAACAGGAUGAAAAAGAUGCUCGACACGUCUCCUCUCGUUCACACCUGGAAGUUUUGUGAUCAAGACUUGAUCGGGACCUUUUUCGGAGGCGGCGGUGAGGCACCCGAAGGAUGGGGAGAGAUUACCAAGGAAGAGCUCGGCGACCAGUGGAUGCCAUUGCCGUACUAUUAUAACGCGCUCAAAACGCUCAGGUAUAUCCAUUCUUCAUUUUGGAAGGACGACGAGAUUCGCGCCAUUCACUACAUUCUGUCCGAUAAACCGUGGUUCGACCGGCCGACCGACGAUCCGUCGUAUGAAGAACCCAAACGCUGGUGGUGGAAGUUUUAUGACAGCCUCAUCUCCACCCUCGAAGAGUCAGGUAGAAAGGACGAUGUCGCCUUGUUGGAGAGCCUGGUUGGACCCAAGGUUUAA